AUGUAAAUGUUUUUUUCCUAAAUUACUUUUCCAUUGGCAGCAACAACGCUAUGCAACCACAUCAAAUGUUUUUCAUUACACUCAGGUUCUAUGCAUCAGGAUCUUUUCAGCAAACUGUGGCAGAUCUUUGCGGCGUUUCAAAAACAAGUGCAUCACGGGCUAUUAAACUUGUAUCUCAUCAUAUUGCUUCUUUACGGGCAGAUUUUGUUAAACUCCCUGAGACGGAACAGGAGCGUUUGAGCACACAGGCUGCUUUUAAAGAAAUUUCAAAUUUUCCGCGUGUAAUUGGCGCAAUGGAUUGCACCCAUGUUAAAAUCAUGUCGCCAGGAGGUGAUGAUGGUGAAGUCUUUCGUAACAGAAAGGGUUUUUUCUCGUUCAAUGUGCAAACCAUAUGUGAUAGCAAUUUAAAAAUAUUAGACAUUGUUGCCCGAUGGCCAGGAUCGGUUCAUGACUCAAGGAUUUUCCGUAAUUCGCGUAUUUGCUACCGAUUGGAGGCGAAGGAAUUUCUAAAUGCAGUCAUUGUUGCUGACAGUGGUAUUGAAAAAACGAACGUCGUGUUGACGCCGCUUUUAAAUUGUAGAAAUAGAGCAGAAAAUCUGUAUAAUGAGUCGCACAUCAGAACCCGAAAUUGUAUUGAGCGCUCAUACGGUGUCUGGAAGCGCAGAUUUCCCGUGCUAUCCAUGGGGAUUCGAAUGAAG